AUGCAUCCCACCGGCCUGCAAAUUCUCGCUACGGCGUUGACUGCUGUCGGUGUAAAUGGCCACACUCUUUGGUCCCGGCAGGACGCCGACUACCAAGCCCUUGUCGCAUCGCUUUCGAGCACCGCCAAGGUGUUCUAUACGGGAUCCGACGACUUCAACAAUGUCACGACGCGGUGGUCAAAUUUGGACAUGCCGACGGUGAACGUGGCCGUGAGGCCUACCACUGAAAACGAUGUCGUCGAGACGAUCAAGUUUGCCAACAAGAAAGGCCUCCCCUUCCUAGCCACAAACAGUGCCCAUGGCGCCAUCACCACACUGGGCAAGAUGAAGAGCGGCAUCCUGUUAGAUCUCGAUGAGCUCACUGGUGUGGAAAUUGCCGCAGAUGGCCAGACGGUGACAGUGGCCGGCGGAACCAAAUCGCAUGUUCUCUCUCACGCGCUCUGGGAUGCUGGCAAGCAGGCAGAUCCCGUGUGUACCUCUGAUGAUGCUAACAUAUGGCGGUUUGAAGUCACGGGUGCAUGCGAAUGUGUCUCGUAUCUCGGGCCCGGCCUCGGUGGUGGCCACGGAUUCCUUCAGGGCCGCCACGGGCUGAUUGGCGACCAGUUCCGUUCCAUGAACGUUGUGCUCGCCAACGGCACACUCGUAACGAUCAACGAGACCGCGACCCCGGACCUGUGGUGGGCCAUGAACGGCGCGGGCCACAACUUUGGAAUUGUCACCAGCGUCACAUCCCAGAUCUACGAUGUCGAACAUCAAGACUGGGCGCUGGAGCUGAUGAACUUCAGCGGCGACUUGGUGGAGGAAUUGUACGAGGUGACGAACAACGAGAUAUUGAAGAACGGGACGCAGCCGGUGGAUUUGAUCAACUGGAGUUAUUGGAUGAUGAGCCCAGAUCUUGAUGCUCAGAAGCCCAUCGUUCAAAUCCUCCUCAUGCAAGAAGGCGUCACCACCGUCGACCCAGCCUACACCGCCCCAUUCCACGCCCUCGGGCCCCUCUCCAACUCGUCGGAAUCUGGCGUAUACACCGACCUCGCCAAGUUCGUCGGCGUCAGGACCACCGACGGCCCGUGUCAGAAGACCGGCGCCAAUAACCCGCGCUUCCCCAUCUACCUCGAGACCUACAACACCACCGCCCAGAAGCUCGCCUUUGAUUUCUUCGCCAACAGCAUUGUGGCCAACUCGGCGCUUAGUAACUCAUUGGUCACCUUUGAUGACUAUUCUACGCAAGGGGUCAAGGCGAAGGCAGAUGAUUCAAGUGCGUAUGGGCACCGCUCUCAGAACGUGUUGGUCGGGCCCUUGUUGCAGUACAUGCCCGGGGACGCGGCGCUGGACGAGGAGGUUGCGAGGCUAGGGAACGAGUUCCGCCAGAUUCUGCACGAAGGCACAGGACGUGAUUUUGUUCCCGCGUAUCUGAAUUAUGCGUUUGGAAAUGAGGGGCCCGAGCAGUGGUAUGGGCAUGAGGAGUGGCGGAUGACUCGCCUGCGGGAAGUGAAGGCGGCGUAUGAUCCCAAUGGCUUAUUUAGCUUUUAUGGACCUAUUGCUUAG